AUGUCCGAAGAUCACGUAUCAUCCGUUCGAACUCUAUUCGCUUCGCUCCACUCCGAAGCGAAUAGAAAUCGUGAGCGUUUGCAGAAGCUCAUUGCAGCCCUCGCCGACACAAAAAGAAAGAAGAAGGCCCUCGGACUGUUGCCGCCGAUCUUAAUGAUGGGAGCGGUUGCAAUCGCCCUGAGCCUCAACGUUCAUAUUGACGAGGCCAGGACGAACCUGCCCAAAGCCGACGUCGAGCAAGACGACCCCACGGAGAAUACCGAGGACAAGGACAUUGAGGCCAGGAAGGACUCACCCCAAGCUAAUGUCGACUUUGAACAGGUCUUUCUUGGCCUCGUUAAUAUCAAUGGGCUCGUACUUUAUCCAAGGGUGCUCCUACCCAAGAGUGCUCCUGAAGCUAAACUUCAAACUUGA